AUAUAGGCGCUAGUGGACUGGUACCAACUAAAAUGCGAGCGUGACAGGUCUCAGAUUUCUCUCUACUGCGACUGACUGCACUGGCUUGCGAAGCUCCCCUACUUUAAAACGAUCAUCUUUCUUUCUAUAUUCUCCAUGUCAGGCGUGUUAUGAUUUCGGGAAGAUGCAGUUUGUUAUCAAUCGUUCGUCGCUUAUCUGAGAAAUCUAAGCAACAGUGCUGUACAGAAGCGCAGAAGAACGGAUGUAGCAAAAGGUCUCAUCUCACUGAAAGUGCUGUUGCUAGACAUAUCAAUAGAAACAGGGCAAAUCACAAUACCGCGCUUUUCCUAUCAUCAUUUGUCAGAAUGGCAUCAACAUCUCAGGAUAGUGACAAAAAUAUCGACUGUUCUGAAGCGAAGAAGAAUUGGUUGAGCUUGGAAAAAUCACCAUAUCUAUUACAACAUGCGACCAAUCCUGUGGAAUGGUAUCCUUGGGGUGACAAAGCUCUGGAAAGGGCAAAAAAGGAGAACAAAAUCAUUUUUGUGUCUAUUGGUUACUCUACGUGUCAUUGGUGUCAUGUGAUGGAGAGAGAAUCAUUCAAGGAUAAAAAAGUUGCAAAAGCUAUGAAUGAAAACUACAUUAAUAUCAAAGUGGAUAGAGAGGAAAGGCCCGAUAUUGAUUCAAUGUGCAUGAUGUUCAUUCAGAGAUUUACAGGCCAUGGUGGUUGGCCACUGAAUGUUUUUCUGACGCCAGAUUUGAUGCCGAUAAUAGGCGGAACAUACAUCCCUCGUGAAACGUUUUUGACAUACUUAACACGAAUUGCAAAAGAGUGGACACAGCAAAAAGAUAAAAUGAUUAAAUCUGCUAAUGUUAUAACAGAGAGUUUGAAUGGAUUGGUCAAGACUAAACCUAAGACGAAAGAUGAUGGACUUCCCCCUCUUGAGAGCGUUUUAUUGUGUGCUCAUAUGUUGAUGGACAUGUACGAUUCGGAAAAUGGUGGAUUUAGCUCAUCUGCCAUGAGCAUAAAUUCCCCAAAAUUCCCCGAACCAACCAACCUAAAUUUUGUUUUGAGUAUGCAUGUUUUAAGUAACUCUUCUGCAUUGAGUGAAAUGACUUUGGAAGCAGGUCUGCAUACUUUGAAAAAAAUGUCUUACGGUGGAAUUCACGAUCAUGUAGGGCAAGGAUUUCACCGAUACUCGGUGGACACUCAAUGGGCUGUUCCGCACUUUGAGAAAAUGCUCUAUGAUCAAGCUCAAUUAAUACAAUGCUAUGCUAACGCGUACGUCAUCACGAAAGAUUCCUUCUUUUCUAAUAUUGUGGACGAUAUCGCGACGUAUGUUACACGUGAUCUACGACACAAGGAAGGUGGUUUCUACAGUGCAGAGGAUGCGGACUCGCUACCCACGUGGGAUGCCUCAGCGAAACAAGAAGGCGCGUUUUACGUUUGGACUUAUGACAAUCUUAAGGCCCUUUUAAACAAGAAAGUACCUGGUAAGGACAAUGUUACAUAUUUUGACCUUAUCUGUCGACGCUUCUCGGUGCAGAAGGCGGGAAAUGUAAGAAAGGAACAAGAUCAUCAUGGCGAGCUUAAAGGCAAGAAUGUAUUAUCAUCCAAAUUGGGAGUGGAAGAUACCGCUAGCCAUUUUAACUUCACUGAAGAGGAGACAGAGAAAUAUAUUAAAGAAGCCUGUCAAAUAUUAUUCGAAGAAAGAUCGAAAAGACCGCGGCCUCAGUUGGAUGACAAGAUCAUCACAGCGUGGAACGGUCUUAUGAUAAGUGGUUUUGCGCGUGCUGGAAUAGCUCUAAAAAAUGAAAAGUACGUUGAAUUAGCGACGGACGCUGCCAGAUUCGUGGAGCGAUAUCUAUUUGAUAAAGAUAAACGCCAACUAUUUCGCAGUUGCUACCGCGGAAAGGACGACGAAAUUGUACAGGGGAAUGUUCCGAUAUACGGUUUUCAUGACGAUUACGCAUUUCUCACGAAAGGAUUACUCGAUUUAUAUGAGGCUAAUUUCGACUCGCAUUGGAUCGAGUUUGCCAAUGAGUUGCAAGAUAUUCAAGACAAGUUGUUCUGGGACUCGCAGAACGGUGGUUAUUUCAGCACGACUGGAGAAGGUCCAACAAUACUUACGCGAAUGAAAGAUUCUGAUGAUGGCGCAGAGCCAUCCGGUAAUUCAAUCGCAUGCUCCAAUAUGUUGCGGCUAGCAAUCUGUUUAGAUCGCGACGAUCUUAGGAAUAAAGCUGAGAAACUUCUGAUCGCGUUUCGCAACAAAAUUAUGAACUUCCCGAUUGUUUCUCCACAAAUGCUGUUAUCAUUGAUCGAGUAUCAUCACUCGAUGCAAAUUUAUGUAACAGGGAAAGUGGACGCUAAAGAAACGAUGGAAAUGUUAAAUUUAAUCCGCGAACGUAUGAUACCUGGUAGUGUACUUAUAUUAACCGAUCCUGAACAGCGGGAUAACAUAUUGUUCCAUAAGAAUUCUGUUAUUAGUAAAAUAAAACCGGCGAAGAACGCGAUGGUCCACAUAUGCCGUGGUCAGGAGUGCUCUCUGCCCAUUUCAAGCAUUAAACAUCUUAUUUCCGAGUUAAACAAAAUAAAAAUUGCCGAUUUAUAAACAGCAGGAUUAUACGCGUUACCAUCUACUUUGCAACGCGCAUUUAUUGCACGUCAAAGGAGUUAAAAUAUUCUGUAAUAUAUCUUGGCACACUAUGUAAAAUGAUUUUCUGUGUUAAAUAAUAUAAUAUUAGUUCGUAGAUUAGUGUACUUAGUCAUAAUAUAAAUACAAACGGAUCGGUUCAACAAACAGGUGUAUAGAUAUUCAUAAUGAGGAGCAAAGAUUCUAUUUGAUUUCUAAGAAGAUGUAUCAAAAAGGUAUCAAAAAAAUAUAUUUGAAAAUCAAUAGGGAUCGUAUAAAUUGUAUUUAUGUAUUUAAAUGCGAAGUUACAAAUCUAAUGCGAGAAUUUUACUGAUGUUUAGUAUUCUGUAAUGUUGUCAUUAUAAUAAAUGAUCAAAUAUAAGAAUUUGAGAACA